AUGAGCCAUGGGGGAGAAAUAGCCUACAACGCGGUCAUGGCCGCACUUUCCUUCAUUCUCACCCUUCUUCUAGUGAUGCUCUUCUUCCUCUUUUGCAAGAAAAAGCCCAUGGUGGGGUCCCAAGAAAUCAAGCCCACCAAGCUCUCCUGUGCAAGUGCGUAUUCUCUAAUGGACAUAGAUGCUGCCACUGAUGGCUUCAACCAUAGGCGAAUUAUCGGUCAAGGCAGGCUUGGAACUGUCUAUGCAGGGGUGCUUCCAAGAGGCGAGAUGGUAGCAGUGAAGAAGAUCCACCCACGGCUCGUUCUGAGCAAUGCCGGUUUCGGGUUUUCAUCGAUGAUUAAAAGGCUUUCUUUGGCUCGCCACCCUAACAUAGUUUCAAUCUUAGGGUUAUCGGAGGCACCAGGUGAGAGAAUUGUGAUAAUGGAGUUUCUAGGCGUUAUGAGUUUGGACUACUACCUGCAUCAAAAUUCAGAUGGGCCAUCCCUUCUGGAUUGGUCCCGGCGGGUUCGAGUCGCAGCUGGUGUGGCCCGGGGCGUGGAGUACUUGCAUGAAGUGGCGGCACCAUCAAUAGUCCAUGGCUCAAUCAAACCCUCAAAUAUUCUCAUAGAUUUCCAAUUCUGUGCUAGGGUCUGUGAUUAUGGGCUGUCUUUCUUGGCACCACAAGAGAGGAGAGGGCUUGAAGGGUAUGUGGAUGAUGAGUACUGGGUUGGGAAAGGAGGUGUCUCAAAAGAAUGUGAUGUAUAUGGACUGGGGGUUGUUUUGUUGGAGCUUUUGAGUGGGAGGAGCAGUGAGGAUGGCUUGCUUGUCAAUUGGGCGUUGCCUUUGAUCAAGGAUAUGAAUUUCAGUGAAUUAUUGGAUCCCAGGCUUGUAAUUCCCUCUAACUUGAAGCCUCUUGUUAGAUUGGCCAAGGUAGCUGCUGCUUGUGUUGGGAAUUCCAGAAAGAACAGGCCUUCCAUUGUCCAAGUGGCAGCCAUUUUAAACAAUUUGGAGAUGGACCUCUGUCUUUAA